AUAAAGACUUGUUAUAAACCGUAAGUAUCCCGCACAGGUAAGAACGACAAUGAACUAGGUACGAUGUAAUCACUUUUUGGAAUCUUUUAUGCGAACACCCUAUUUCCAUAGAAACAUCAAGGAAACUUAGAAACGGUAAAGUCCGAUGUCCUUCAAGGUAAAAAAUUCAAAUUUUGAAAGUUGAUAAGUAUACAGGUACAUAUUUUACAUCUUAUGGCAUUAAAAUAAGGUGCGACAUUAAGAAAACAAUCAUAAUAGGUAAUUUAAAUGUGUAAAAUAUUAUUAUUAUUUUUUCGCCCAAAAUAUCGAUCGUACAAAGCUGUAAUUUUUAGAAACCGUGUAUUUAAUUAGUUUGAAAAGAAUAUAAUAGUACAUUGUGCGACGAGGGGGGUAAGUGAAAUUUUGGAUACGAGGGUGGUAAAUCCCGACAGCCGCAGGCUCCCUAACUUCCUAGGGAGUUAUAGCUUUUUUUUACAAUCCAUAACUCCCGCGGGAACUAAAUAGCUUUUUGUCCUUCAGUACACCUGCAUGAAACAAGAUCUUUUUCGAGCAAGUGUGAUGAAAAAAUAUUAACGCUUUAGGUACAAUACUUAAUUAAAUAUAAAUAAGCUUUCCCGAGGUCAUUGACCUUUGCUUUGAAAAAUUCUAACAUGAAUAUUUUACAAUAUUUGCAACUGGGAAUUGACUGAAAAGAAAGGUGGUCAAAACAGAGGCAAAAUAAAAAAACACUGUGCGGCGGUAACGUUUACCAUAUGCUUUAAAGCUGUCAAAAAAUAUUGUAACUUUACUUAUAUUCCCACUCUUGAUUUUUAUAUAUGGCACUCAGGGAAUUAUUACAAAACAUUUUAUAAGCAGCCAGACCAAUUGGAGGGGACCAACCAUCCUCAGACCUACAUAGUUUCCCUAUGAGUAUGAGUACAAUUGUGAUUAUGAGAUAGUUAGCCGAAAAUACAAAAACUAUAUAGAAACUUGAAUUUUGCACAUCAGGCUACGUUUAUAAUGUAUACGAGAUAUAAGAAGCGAUAUUGAAAAAUUCUACCCCUAAGGGGACGAGAGUACGAGUAAAGUUACAAUAUUUUUAUGACAGCUUUAAAGCGUCUGGUAAAAGUUACCACCUGCGGAAAUGGUCUGGAAAUGUUGAUUAUCAAUUAUCAACAAUAUUAUCUCAAUAUUUUAUUCAAAGGUGUAUGUGAAGUCCCCAAUCCGCAUUGGGCUAGCGUGGGGACUAUAGCCCGAGCCCUCUCGCGCAUGAGAGGAGGCCUGUGCCCAGCAGUGGGACGUAUAUAGGCUGAAUUAUUAUUUUAUUAUUAUUUAUUUUCUAAAACAUACAUUAAAAUCAGCCAUGAUAAUUUAAGAAAAGUUAGUAUUAUUUUUACCUACCUUUAGCACCUUGUACCGGACAAAUGGCCGUCGGCCCAAUAUAGCAAGUAUGCAGACAUGAAAAGUACAUACUAACACUACAUUAUCCCAUACGUUUUAUUCAUGAGAAAAUAAGUAAUGUCUGGCGGUUUCGGGAUCUUGGACCAUAUUGCCUUUCAUAUGUGUGUUGGUCAACAAUCGCGGUUGUGCUGUACGGUGCGACCAACACGAUGCCCGGGAAGAUGGCGCCGCUUUUUGAUAUUUAACAGAUUUAACACAUAUCAGCGAAAUAAUCCGGAUCAAAGUCAAAUGGCGUUCUAAAAGUUCUAAUCAUGUGUUCUAAAGAUGGCAGUAAAUGUACUGUGGCUACAAAAUUUUCUUUGACAAUCAACCGCUAUUUCAAAUUCUCUUUGCUAUAUACUUACUUUACUCUUUGGCAUGGCAUGGGGCAUGAAAUAGUUUAGGCCACGGUUUUGACAUAUUAAUUUUACAACCAAAUGUCAUUUUGACAAGAAUACUUACAGUUAGUAUAAUUAACAGUGCUGCAGAAUCAUCAACACCUUGAUGGAGCCAUAACACGAAAAAUUGAUUGAAUUAACAGUGCUGAUAUAGGUUACAAAAAAUAAUUAGCUAUUUAAAGAAAUUAAAAAAAUGAAACGGGGAAAAAGUUCACAAGUUACUCUCAAAUCCAAAUCACAUUCUUCCGUUAUUCAAAUAAAAGAAGAAAUUGUUCUGCCACCACUGGAUGAACUAAUCAUUCGUAUUAAAGACCUUCGACUUACCAGCCCGGACCGCGUACCUCACAGCGUCACAGUUACGUUUUUUGACCAGCUUCUGAUCAGCGAAACGAUUAUGCCGAUAGGAGCAAGAGAUCCUGAAGUAGAGGAUGAGGUCAAUAGUCUAAUUAUUUGUGGUACCAUGAGCUUUGACCCUUCAGACUACGCGAAAAUGUGUCUAUUUUCCGAUAACCCAUUAAUUGUUCAAAUUCAGGUCGCUGAUGAAUCGGAAUACGUGUCAUGUCCAAGUUGCUGCAACAUAGAUAUCCUACCGCUGUUUCAAGGUAAAACCUACAUGUGUAUUUCAAAACGCAUGGAACCAAUGAUCGAGCCGACUGUUCUGCAACUAAAGAGCUGGGAUAACUUACCCUUGAUCAACAUAGAGCUCGAAAUGGUCCGGAACCCUGAAAACCAGCUCCACCACCAGAUCCUAGACGCUGCUAACAUUCUGAAAAUGACAGUCGUCGCUGCGUAUAAUAUUAUUAAUCCAUAUGAUAAGUCUGUCGAGUAUGUAGCUGCCUCUAAAAUACGAUUGAGUAAUGAAUACUCUUCGGGUAUCGAAACAUUCAAGCAGAGCACUCAAUAUCCGAAAAGAUUUUUUAUUAACAGUUUUUACCCCAAAUGGGGAAGCAUUUCGUGGGAAGAUUCUUUUAGGAAAUAUGAUGAAAAAGUCUCUUUUACACUGGACGAUGUGCAAAACAAUGAAAACAUUAAUUUAAAUUAUUACUUGAAUCAGAAGAACCAAAGUAAUUCCGUGGUUUGGGCUUCAUUCCACCGUAGCCUGGUGUCGGCAGGUGACGAGCGUCUUCUCAGUGACCACUUGCGCCGGUACCAGUGGCCGAUGGAAUUUCACAUGACCAACGAGGAGGGCGGUUACAGCUUCAUGGGCUUUCUGGAUUUAUCCAAACUCCUAUACCCUGGAGAGACAACCGUGCGGCUGGCGGUGCCUCUACUAUGGUUAAACAGUUUUGUGAUGUUAGAAAAAUGCGGUUGCGAACCGCUUUUGAACUCCAACGAAAAGACACCACGUUCUACGGCGGCUUCCGCGGGUCAGACAAUAAAGGAAACAGCGGCGACUUCUGGAAGUGCGAUUACGGAUGAUACAAUACCACAGCCUCCGCCGACGGGAGCCGAUGACUGCCCCGCGUUUAUAAUCGUUGAAGUGACGUUGGCCAGGCCCUUGCUCAAGCCGACCAUACCGCCGUUCAUUCCUGAGUCAGAAAUCGACAAGAUGCUUGGUGAGAAGACGGACACCAUGCCUACAUGUACCGGACGCGGGCAGACCACGGAGUGGCGCGACACAGUAGCCAGCGGUGCUGAUGUGCUGCGCAGACUACCUCACUUCGGAAUAACAGAAUUUUGCUCAUUUAACCGCCAGCUUAGUAAAACACGCACGCGUAUCGAAUUGGCCACCUCAUUUUGGCAGGACGCGGCCAUCUACGUCAACAACAACUUCGUCGUGCAAGAUUUUGUGUACUCUGACAACACUUUUGAAGAGAUGGUAAUGAUGGCGCACUCGUGCCUAGUACGCGAGGCCUCCAAGACUCUGCUCGGCAGCGAACCGGAACAGGAUCAAACUCUGCGGGCCGCGAGGCACGCCCGCCAGCUGCAAGACAUCCCACAUGCCACGGAGCUGUAUUUACAAUUGGUGACGGAGAAUCAAAACAGUGCGAACAGCUGGCGGGAACUGGCCACUUGUCUAAUGGAUGAGGAUUUUGACCUUGCAAGAGUGUGCAUCAAUGAAGCGCUACUACUGAACCCCAGGCACCCCCUUACACUACUCUCGAAAGGUUCCAUGUUGUACCAAGAAGAUUCGGAAUCAGCAGAGUUGUUUUUCACGGCAAUUUUAGCAUUAUAUCCGUUCUGGACCUCCGGUUGGGUCAUAGCGCAGGCUUUCUAUAACGAACGCCAGGAGUUCCUCGUGGCCGAUAAAAUCCAGAAGUGUAUCAAUGAGACUCUAGCUGAAAAUCUGGCAGAGGACUUAGCAUCUGAGCGAGGCUGGGAGAAGGAACUUGGUGACUGGUGGUAUCCCACACCUCUUCUGCCUCCCACGAAUCAAUUUCUAGAAGCCGCUGAUCUUUUACUGAGGUUACGAGCAAUGCCGCUGGCUGAAGUAUGCUUGGCACGAGCGCUAGCAAGUCAGGGCGUGACACCGGCGUAUUCGCACCUCGUGGCGCUGGCCUGCCGACUGCGCGGUGACAUCGACAACGCGCUUUGUCUUCUCAAAGAAGGAUUUGGUUCCUUUGGAGAGAUUAACUAUUUGUACAGUUUACAAGCGGAAUGCUUGAAGAAAAAGAAAAAUCUCAACGCAGCUUUAACAUCUUUCGAGAAAGCUGGAAACUGUGUAAACUCAUACAGUAUACUGAGCGCACUACCGGGCCGGGAGCCGCAGCGAGCACGCAGCGUGCUCGUCGACCUGCUGCGCCGGCAACCAAGCGCCUACGCCUGGAUGGCCCUCGCCGACGACUGGCUUAUGCGCCAGGUCGCAGCUGGGAAACUCGGCGGCGCCGGCGACGCGGACGCUGAGGUAGCGAUGUCGGCGUGCGCGGUGGCCUGCGCCGAGCAGGCGCUGCGUUGGGACCGCCGCUGUGCACGCGCCUGGGCGCUGCUCGCUCAGCUUGCCAAACCCAAGGCUCGUCGAGCCCACUGCAAGGCUAUGGCUACAUCUUUUGGGUACAAAUGGACUGACGAGAACUGUGAGUUGUCUAGAGCCCAGCAGUCCCUGUGCCACCUGCUCGGCUCGGCUCUCCAGGAGUGUCGCUGCAACCUCUGCGAGACCACCGACAAACCUGACUGCGCUCAUUUAGAAUGUGAAUGUGUUAAAUCUGUACUUCUUUAACACUGUUUAUUUAGACUUAAUGUGUUUGAACAUUUAUAAUAAAGUAUUCAGCGCAAUGAA